CACACACACACACACACACGAUUGAAGGGCUUGGUGGUCAAAUGCCAUUCACACGCUGUCCGACCUGUUAAAGCUCAACGGCGUUGAGCUUAAACGUGACCCGGGCCAGGCCAGGCGAAAGGCGCAGCCGGCCAAGCUGACGACGACGGGCGCAGUCGACGAGCCAACAAACUUCUUCCGAAACCACGACGUAAACCAAGACAUCGAACCCGCGAUGAUCGCCAGGUGACCGCCGACCACUAUGUUUGCCAACGCGCUCAAGUCCAUCUCGGCCACGAACAUCUCGGCCAACUACACUGUCUCCUCAACCCUCACGGCAACCGCCGGCCCAUGGAAGAUCUACCCGGCCAAGAACAAGAAGACGGGCAAGGAGUGUUCCGCCUUCGUCUUCGACAGGAAGUCGCUCGAUGCCCACCGCAGCGGUCUGAGCCGUGCCGAGGCGGCCGAGUUCAAGCGCGCAGCCGAUGCGGUCGUCGAGCGCUUGAAGAAGGAGGCAUCGGCCAUCGCCAAGCUGCGGCACCCCAGCAUCCUCGAGGUUGUCGAACCCGUUGAGGAGACGCGAGGUGGCGGGCUGCAGUUUAUCGCCGAGGCUGUAACGGCGUCGCUCUCGGGCCUCCUGCAGGAGAAGGAUGACCAGGAACGAGGCGGAGGAGUCGGCGGCCGGGCGAGUCGGUACGUGACCGAGGACGCCGACGGCAACCGCAGGAGACGGGAGCUCGAGAUCGACGAGCUGGAGAUACAAAAGGGCUUGCUGCAGGUCAGCAAGGCGCUCGAGUUCAUGCACGACAACGCCGGGCUCGUCCACGGCAACCUUACGCCCGAUGCUAUUCUCAUCAACGCCAAGGCAGGUCCCAGCCGUUCGGACUGGAAGCUUAGCGGUCUGGCCUUCUGCAGCCCCCUGGAGUCCUCCACUGCCCAGAGCUCGAUCCAGCCCAUCAACCUGCGCGAGGUGCUCAGACACAACCCCAACUUACCGCGAACCGUCCAGUUGAAUAUUGACUACACGUCUCCCGACUUCGUCCUGGACAAUAACUUGACUGCUUCCGCCGACAUGUUCAGCCUGGGAUUGCUAAUAAUCUCCUUAUACAAUUCCCCACACAAGUCGCCGCUCUCGUGCAGCGGCAGCCUGUCUUCCUAUCAGCGCGUCUUCCAGUCCUCACAGAGCGUCCCGUCCUCGUCCAACAACUUCCUCUCGUCCCGUCCGUUGCCCAAGGAGCUCACCAACCACGUGCUCCCAAGGCUUAUUACGCGCAGGCCUGCCCAGCGGAUGACCGCCUCCGAGUUUCAACAGAGCGAGUUCUUCAACAACAUCCUCGUGUCCACGAUCCGCUUCCUAGACGCGUUUCCUGCGAAGACGCCGAACGAGAAAUCACAGUUCCUCAGGGGCCUCAUGAAAGUGCUGCCGUCGUUCCCGAAGUCGGUGAUGGAGAAGAAGUUGUUGCCUGCCCUGCUCGACGAGUUGAAGGAUAAAGAGCUCAUCUCCCUGAUCCUUCAUAACGUCUUCAAAAUUAUCGAGCUCCUGCCGUCGGGGAGGAGGGCCUUCGGUAGCAAAGUGCGGCCUAGUCUCAAAGAAAUAUUUGUCACCAAUGUCAAGCAGGCCCAAGAGAAGGACCCUGCGCGCGAUGCUGGCCUGAUGGUUGUCAUUGAGCAGCUGCCCAUCAUCGGGGAUAACUGCGCCGGCAAGGAGUUCAAGGAUGAUAUUCUGCCCAUCGUCUUUAACGCCCUGGAGUCCCCCACACCCUCACUCGUGGAUGCCGCGCUAAGAAGCCUCCCAUCUGUGCUGCCUCAGUUGGACUUCAGUACCAUCAAAAACGAGCUGUUUCCGGUCAUCGCGACCAUCUUCAGCAGGACAAACAGCCUUGCGAUCAAGGUCAGGGGCCUGCAAGCCUUCGUAACUCUCUGCGGGGGUUCCAACGACCCGGGUGGUGAGGACGGGCUGGACGGGCUUGCGCCGCAGAAAAAGAAGGCGACCUCUUCCAGCGCCUUGGACAAGUUCACAAUGCAAGAAAAGAUCGUACCGCUGAUCAAAGCGAUCAAGACCAAAGAGCCGGCCGUCAUGAUGGCCGCGCUCAACGUUCUCCGGGUCGUCGGCGGGGUGGCGGAUGCGGAUUUCGUGGCCUUGGAAAUUCUUCCCGUGCUGUGGAGCAUGAGCUUAGGCCCGCUUCUGGACCUCAAGCAGUUCCAAGCCUUCAUGGAACUUAUCAAGUCCCUAUCGAGCAGGGUGGAAGAGGAACAGACCAG